AUGGCUACACGUGCUGUACCUAAGGACAAGGUCUUGUACAACUCUUCUACCGCUGAGAAUAUCGGGGUAAUGCUUCAAUGUCAAAUUUGCUCUGAUUUUUUAAAUAACAAUAGAGAGUGCAGAAAAUGUGGAUCCAUGUUUUGUUUUGAUUGUUUGGAUAAAUGGAUGAAGGAAGCUGGUUGUAGUUGUUGUCCAAAAUGUGGGCUCGAUGCUAAGGAACUUCCGGUUGGAUUCGAAGCGUUCUUAUUUAAUAAUUUUGUAAAUAGAGUGGUCAAUAAUUUGGAAGUUACUUGUCCUAAUAAUGACAAUGGUUGUUGCGAGAAGACAAUUAAGAGAUGUAACUAUUGGGAUCACGUUGAAAAGGAAUGUAAGGGAAGAAGAUUAAAAUGUGAGAAUUGUGUUUAUGGAUGCAAAUUUGAGGGCAAUGGUUUGCAAAUGGAAAAACACAAGGCUGAACAGUGUCUCUUCGAGAGGGAGGAAAUUAAACAAUUAAUGAAGAGAAGCCAAAUUGAUUCAGAGGGAUUAGUCUCUAUGAAUAAGCAAUUGGUUGCUGAAAAUCAACAAUCAAAGCAAAAUAUUGAAGUAAUGUUGAGACAAAUUGAUUCGCUCAAUUCGGAAUUAGCAAAAGAAAAGGAAAUUAAUUUACAAUAUCAACAAAAAUUGCAAACCAUGAUGAAUCAACCUCCACCAAAUGUAGUUCCUGUCUCUAUUUUACCACCACCUCCACCUUACUCAGUCGGUGAAUUCCAAUAUAACCCAAUGCCAAUGCCAUCACAACCUCUUGUCAUGCCACCAGUCCAACAAGUCAUCACAAGAAAAUUCAGAUUUUAUGGUAAAACUGUUUGGACCAAAUUCCAAGGAAAAGGUACCAAUUCAGAAGUACCUGGGUGGGAAGUAUUAAUAGAUGUAGAUGACAACCCAACUGGUGACAAUGUCAGAGGAUCCAAUAAGAACAGUGGAGUUCAAAUUGAGAAGAAAUACUCUGGUUUUAUUAGGGAUGGAAUUCUUGACAUUACUGUCGAAUGGACUGACGGAAGAAGGGCCAAGUACUAUUCAAACAACAUCUUAUUGGCACACGGUUCGCCAAUCAAACUCACAUUUGAAAUUGUUUCAACUGGUAAACAAGGAGGUACAACAGGUGAUUGUGGAUAUAAUCAAGGACUCAUUGAGCAAUUGCAAUAAACAACAAAUUUUUGUAAC